CGACCGCUCAGUCCCCGUGCGGGUGCCGGUGACCGUGCCAUGGCCCGCGCGCGGCCCAGCGCUCUCCCCCCGGGCCUGCUGCUGCUGCUGCUGCUGCUGCUGGCGCUGCUGUGUCCGGCCGCGCGGGGUGACUGCGGCCAGCCCCCCGAAGUGAUUAAUGCCAAGCCAAUUUUGCAAGGGCAGACAAGUUUUCCCGAGAAGAGCAUAGUAACAUAUAAAUGUGAUAAUGGUUUUAUGAAAAUUCCAGGCCAGCCAGACUCAACGAUCUGUCUUUCCACUGGCGAAUGGUCCGAAAUUUUAGAAUUCUGUAAUCGUAGCUGUAAUGUUCCACCCAGGCUAUCUUUUGCAUCCUUAAAACCAGUUUAUGGCAGACAGAAUUAUUUCCCAGUUGGUUCCAUUGUGGAAUAUGAAUGCCGACCAGGGUACCUGAGAGAUCCUUCUCUGUCACGAAAAGUAACUUGCCUUCAAAGUUUACAAUGGUCCAAACCAGCUGAAUUCUGUAAAAAAAAGUCAUGUCCUAAUCCUGGAGAAAUAAAAAAUGGGCAAGUCAACAUAACAACUGACUUAUUAUUUGGUUCGCUGAUCUUCUUCUCAUGUGACAAAGGGUACAGAUUAGUUGGCUCAGAUUCUAGCUUCUGUUCUGUGAUUGAAAAUACUGUUGGGUGGAGUGACCCACUGCCAGAGUGCAUAGAAAUUUUUUGUCCAAAACCACCAAAAAUUGACAAUGGAAUAAUUCAAGAUGAACGUGAAAAUUAUGGAUAUAGACAGUCUAUAACUUAUGUAUGUGAUAAAGGCUUCACUUUGGUUGGAAAAAGCUCCAUUUAUUGUGAUAUGAAUGAUGAUCAAGGAGAAUGGAGUGACCAGCCACCACAAUGCAUAGCAAAAUCUCCACCUUCCAAGUUCCCACCAACAGUUCUGACAUCCACUACAGCAAAAUCUCCAAUUUCCAAGGUCACAACAGCAGUUCAGAAGCCCACCACAGUGAAUGCUCCAGCAACAUCACACGUACCUGUCACGAAGACAACCACAAGAUUUCAUUCAACAAGAACAGCUACUGAAAGGAAGGAAAUUUCAACUUCAGAUGCUGCCAGUUUCCUAUAUGGGCACACAUGUAUAGCAUUGGCCAUUUUGCUUGUGACGCUAGUAACCAUUGGCUAGUUGACUUAGACAAAGAAGAGCUCAGGUGCCGCAUUGGUGGCAUGGUGAUGACCAUCGCUGCCUUCCAAGAAGAGUUCAGAAGAAAGCAUACACAACUACAGAGACUGCUUCUAGUUUGUUAGAGCUUCCUGGAGGAGUUGGUGCAAUAAAUGCAAUAGUUGAUUUCA